AAGACAAUCUAUACGCGUUGGAUUGUACACAUCGAUAACUCCCUCAGCAUGGAGGCAUAUUUUUCACGUGACAAACUGCAUCGUAUGGAUGCGUUGGAAAGAUGGCCUGAGGGGCUGGGACGGGUUACCGACAGAAUGGUAGCGAACGAACCGAACACGGGCUGAUUCGCCGUCGAUACUAUUUAAUAUCCGUCGGGCCAUUGUUGGGCUGCAAGACUGACUCAAACUCAUUCUCUUCCGCCCUACCGGACCAGAAAAAUCAUGGCGAAAAUCAUCGAAAGGGAGGCCGUAAACGACGAAGCCGCCGGGAGUAGCCGCCUCUAUACCCUCCAGCCCAUCCCGACGAAGGGAUAUGGCUUGGUGGCCACCACUAGGAUACCAAAGGGCACCCGUAUCCUCUCAGAAGCUCCGCUUUUCAUUGUGCCCCGUGGCAUAUCCGAUAUGCAGACGGUCGAGCGCAUCGUCAUGGAACAGUUGAGACGGCUGAAUAAGGAUCAGCAGCGCGCCUUUUUUGCCCUACGCAACUCGCACGGCAGCAGCCUCAAGCCGCCGGUGGGCAUCGUGCGAACGAACGCACUAGCUCUCGGCACCGACGCUUCACGUGGCGGCCUGUUCCUGGAGGCCGCGCGCAUCAACCACUCGUGCCGGAACAACGCUCAGAACACGUGGAACGCCGAGCUCGGUCGGCUCACCAUCCACGCCGGCCGCGAUAUCGAGGCCGGCCAGGAGAUCACGAUCACGUACGCGGAUCCGCUCGCCGAUUGCGCCGAGCGCCGCCGCUUCCUGCAAGACCACUUUUUCUUCACGUGCGAGUGCGAGAUAUGCUUGCUGCCUCCAGCGGAGCGUGCUGAGAGCGACAAGCGGCGGCGACGGCUCGGCCAGCUCGACGCGGCCGUCGGCGGGCUCGGCCACCUCAUGGCCAAGCCACUACCAGGGCUGCAGCUCGUGCACGAGAUGCUCAGCCUGUACGAGGCCGAGGACCUCUGUGACGCGAGCAUCCCGCGGGCGUACUACGACGCCUUCCAGAUCGCGAUCGCGAGCGGCCACAAGAUACGCGCUCGGGUCUUCGCUACGCGCGCCUACGUCACGCGCCGCGUCGUCGAGGGCGACGAUAGCCCUGACGUCCGCGGGAAUAAGGGGCUCAUUGACCGCCCCGAGGACCACCGCCUCUACGGCGUGUUCAAGACGUCGGUGCGUGAGACGGGCCCGCCGCCACAGUCAGACGCCGGGGCGUUCGAGGACUGGCUCUGGAUCAAAAGCAAGUGGUCGAAGACACCGCCGAUCUGAGCACGGCCCGGGCAUUCGAGGGAGUCUCGGGGCUGGGGUCCCUUUCUCAGCCCCGUACGCCUCUCCCUCCCCCCUCUCUGUAUUCUUCUUCCGCUUCCCAAUCCGUUACCAACCGACGAUUAUGAAGGCACAUCAGUAGGGCUGGCGCAAGGAACAUGGGCGAGGUCUGGCAUAACAGCGACAGGCGUAUGGCUGGCUAAGUAUCCGGACAACGGGAUUCGGGAUUCAUCAUGAUCAUUGGCAUAAGGAGAAAAUAAGGUGCAUAGCUGUUCAGGACAGGCAUUAGGCAACUCAUCAUCAUCAUCAUUAUGUCGCUCUUCUCAUCUCUGUCGAUUUCGGCAGCCAAUAAAUUCAGCAUGCCAACGCGCAGACGCACUUUGAAUACACCGACCGGUGCGGCCCGUCCUCUUGUAAGCGGCGAAGUGAGAAUUCUUGGUUGGUAAUGAUGACUCAAUGGCGGAACAAUAACAAGACUGAUUGAAGUCACCAAUGGGUGCUGACGCGGUCUUGAGAAAAAAUACAAUACGGUGAGCGCAGACUGGUUCUCUAAGCCAGGAACGGUAACAAGCGUGGCUGCGUAACAAGAGAGACGCGCACUAUGG